AUGGAACUUGAUUAUACACUGGAUCACAACGUGACUAGUCCGAGCGAUAUUAAUUUAGCACCAGACAUUCUUCAAACCCUCCUAGAAGCAGACGAGUUUGUCACCAAAUAUGACUUGGCCGAUAUUCGAGAAGUUAUAAGGAAGGGUGCGUUAUUGUUCCACCAUCCAGACGAUCUCAAGCGCAUCGAAGAAGAGACAUUAUAUUUGGGAAACGGAAAUAUCCAGGGUAAACCUCCGGGUUCGCGAGUUUCCCAAGGCGUAUGCCACGCUGCUGGAUUCCUUUCCGCUUUAUUAGCGGUUUUGCCUCCGCAGAUCUUUGAUCCACACCCAGACGACGAUUGGUCCUAUCAUCGGGGAUCUGAGGGGCUCUGGUUUUGGGAAUAUCCGAAAACGUUUUGGGAGGCAGUUCUACUGUCCAGCAUUGCGCCACUUAUAUCCGCUGUGCUUGGCUUCUGGCUCUCACUGAUCUUGAAUCGAUACGGGGGUCGACGUCGAGGGUUCUCUAUGGGAGCAGUCCUCGCUCUAGUAGCUAUUUUUGGACAGUUCAUCUCCCAGGACUGGCACCUUCAUCUUGUAGUUGACGUUCUUUGUGUCACUGCAUUAACGAUACUAACCUGUACAAUAUUUCUGUACAUUAUUGAGAUAAGUGAAACAUCAAGACGUGCCUCUGCCUUUGCGAGAUGGUAUUCGUGA